GGUGCUAAUGCUCACAAAUUCACCAAUCUGCCUCUUACAUUAACUAUGCCAUCUCGUCUCACCAAGAGGCAAAAAGAUCGUAUCACACGCAUCUUUAUCGAUCCUCCCCUUCUCACAGCCCAACCUUGCCAGCUCUUCCACUAUCUGCCUGCUUGCUUGGCGAUUGUGUGCAGCACCUUUCAUCGCUUUCCUGACCCUCGAUCAUUGCACUCCACCGAAGAGCUUGCUCCCUACCAAUCUUUGGACAUCUUGCAGUCAUUUCACGCCUCCAUAUUCUCUAUAUUUUGAUUAAUCUUUCUUCCCCAAUUUUAGGAACAGACAACGAAUCUUAUGAACCCAUAUAGAGCAAUUGACGGAUAACGACAACGACCUAUGACGAACCAAAAGACAUACGAAGUUCCACUUUCUACCACACAUCAUACGGAUUCGUACCAGAAAACUACUUCUCCGUUCUCCACCCAGGUAUUGCAACCCAUACAUAUUACAUACAUAUGAAUAUCGCGUGCGUCGCAUACAGCAACACAUCCAUAGGUCCCAUCCAUACCAUCCAUACCAUCCAUACCAUCCAUACCAUCCAUACCAUCCAUACCAUCCAUACCAUCCAUACCCAUACCCAUUUCCAACACAGAAUCCCCGUCCUCCGGUGCGAAAACGAAAUUGAAGAACCUUUCAUCCAUUCAAGGAUUCAUUCGACUCCUUGCCAGUCAAGCCCAUCAAGCCCACCAACGCCUGAGACUUCUACAAUUUCAUUCCGUCCUGGGUUUGCAAUCAUUGAUUGUUCUUCUUUGAAUUCUGGGAAUACCUCUCAUUUACUGGACCAUCGAAAGAAAAUUUGAUAUUCUUGCAAUUUAGUAUCUAUCUGUGAUAAUACAUCCGAAACCAGGCAUAUAAAGCAAACUGACACGAUUCGCAUUGAGCGCUUCAGAAACAGAACAUCCUCGGCUUAUAUACCAUUGUAGAUCAAAACAGGGCGGGUCCUCGCUCGUACCAUUCGUGGCCUGCCCCAGGAAGCGGACGUGAUUGUUCGACAGCCGGUUGACUCCUAUUAUACCGUGGGUGCCAAAUACCAUACCGAUCUCAUCAGUUGUCAUACUGGCAUACUUGUUUGUGCCAUUCGCGUUUCGAUUGCUGUGCAUUCUUUGCAGUUUCUUUUUCAUUUGAGGUGCCAUUCGCCAUCUCAAGAGUCGCCUUCGUUUAUGACCUGAGAGAAUAACUUUGCAACUUUGGGUCUUUUAUCUGCACUUGGUUGUUUCAACUUGCCCACACUUAGAGGAUCUGUUGCCAAACGCCUUACACUUCGAAAUCGGGACGAAAUAUAUCUUCAUUACAAAUUCGACUUGAUUGGACAUCUUGACGGUGACUUCUUACGGGCUUUCGACGCCUCUUGUUAAAGCAUCGCAGCUUGCUGGAAGACAUACCCGUCGUUGACGACUCCGUUCGAAUUCCAUUUCUCAUCGAGACCGGACCUCCGACAAUUGGUUUCGUCGCUUUGACAGCAUCCUUUCAAAUCAUCCAUUGAUAGACAUCUGCUAUAUUUUCUUACUUGGCUCAUAAUGUGCCAAGAUACAUAACGGAAACGAGGACGAACCUUUUACCAUUCGUAGCGUCGAUCGGCCUACCCGACGACCUCAAUAACGAAUGAACACGACCACGACUGAGCAAGAUAAUAAUGGCUCUACCAAAACCAAAAUAUUCUCUGGAUGAUUCCUGUUCGAUACUAUAUAACAAUACAUUAUACGCAUACAACAGCGAAGCGUUUCAAUCGCUAUCGUUGGUCCAAGGAGCGAACUGGACGCAAUUACCCCAAGGAGAAUCUGUAUCGGGAGGAGUUUGUGUAAAGGCAACACCUGCUAACGGACAGGAUGCAUUGUAUAUUGUCGGUGGAACGAGCAGUAAUGCUACAAGCCCGUAUACGGGUCUUCAGCGAUAUAAUUUUAAUGAUGGGACAUGGGACACCAUAACUACCACAGUACUAGUCGCUCAAAAUCGAUUAUGGCACAGUGCUGUAUACUUGAAUGCAUCGGACUCCAUUCUAAUGUAUGCAGGAAGUCAAGACGGUAGUAAAGAUCCAUCAUCUCAAACCUUCACGAUAGCCGCGUCGCCUCCAUACAAUGUCCUGUCAUAUGGGGCUUCUAUUACACCACCUGUACCCGCUGUGCAGCCUCUAUUGCUUCCAUGGUCAUCGGAAUCGGCAAUCUACAUUGGCGGCACUGACAAGAAUACUGCAGUGAUGGAAUUCAAUCCAGUAACGGCCUGGGUUAACACAAACAGCAGCCUGGCCACUCCGAUAUAUAAUACUUCAGCAGUCAAAGCAGUUAUGAUGACGGGCGAUGACGAAAGCAAGAAUCUUUACACUUUUGAUAUGACAGUGACACCAAACACUGUAAAUAGGACCGUUCUGGUUGAUGGCUCUGGAAAUCCCGUGCAAAGUGCGGAGGCCAUUGUAUCAACAAGUACUUCCACAAAAAGAGCUAUGCAAGAAGUAAAAAGAAGCAGUCUUACGGAAGCUGACUGGCCUGCUUAUAAUGGUACCCUGGCUCCAACAUCUACGAGGACGUCAUAUUCGGUUGCGAUGGGCGCAGCUGGACAAGUAGUAAUAUCGGGUGGAAAUGAUGACGAUGUUCUGUGCGUAUUUGGAGCGGGAACAAAUUCUUGGGUUAAUGCAACAUCAAUGUUGGUAAAGUCUACCACACAACAAAUCAUUGUACCAUCAUCGUCCUCGUCAAGUACAAGUUCUUCAGUGCCUACAAGUACUGGUAACACUACUGCAACAGCAACCGAAUCAACCGAUGAGGUUGCCGACACGUUUCCAGUGAAGAUAUUGGGUGCAGUACUUGGGUCUAUAAUCGGGAUCGCUCUACUACUCAUUGCUGUGUUGAUUCUUCUCCGAUGGCGACGGAAGAGGAGGGAUCUCAAAAAUGCAGAUGCAAAUGGAUAUCCUCUCGAGAAAGAUGGAUUGGAAUUCUCGGACAGAGGUUUGGCAAAUAUGCACUCGUCAAUGCACCCGCCGCAACAUGGGCAAUCGGCAUCCCAGGGUUCAUAUUCGUCAAUGGCCAUCUUAAUGGGUCGUAUCGGACACCGAAGAGGAGAGGACGACAAAGGUAACGGAAGUGCAGGAAGUGGCAGCAGCAGUCAAUUUAACAAAACCUACAAAACUACAAUAAAUGAUCCUACAUCACCUGACCAGACUUUUGCUCAAGAUGCUUUGGCAAAAGAAGUUUCAUUCGGUCAAGAUACGGUUACACCACGACCUAGGAAUCCUGGAGCGCAGAGACGAGGCAGUACUAGAAGAUCAUCGGGAUGGAAUAGAUAUUGGUCUGGUGGAAGUGCAAUGACGAGUUUCUUGGGGAUUGGAGAAUCAAGACAAAAUCUGUCCAAUAGUGACGAUGACGCCGCUUCACGAUACUCGGAUCCAAGGCUGAAUACGCAACUUAAUGCUUCUAGACUUCCAAGUCAGAUUACUACAACAUCCGCCUUGGUGCCUCCAUUGAAGAUUCCAAUUCCAGGAGAUACUCCAUUAUAUCGGGUGGCUACCAAUAGUCCUACUGUAUCCACUGCUGGAUCUCAUUUCCCAGUAGCAGCAGAGAUGUCUGGCAAGAUUGAAGGGCUCCGACCUGACUCUUAUGCAAGCAAUGCUUCAUCUUAUGAUGGAAGAUCCGAUGCAUACUCGAGUGGAGUUCCAGAAAGUGUAAAUGAUCCGGACUCAUGGGCAACGGGCAAUCAAGGCUGGUCUAACAACAGACCAAGUAAUGCAUACACUGUUAGCGUAUACACCACCAACAGAGAUACUGAUGGAGGAAAUAAUUUCUCGCUCCAAACACCUCAACCGCCACCACCCACACAACAACAAAACCAACCCUCAAUUCCUUCGGAUAUGAGCUGGAUAAACCUUGGUACCAAAACUCGAAUAUGAUACCCUCUCUUUUUGUACUGUAAUCUCACAUUCCAAACUGUCACUAUAUGUUCUUAUCUUUUCUUCGUUGACAUUAGCGCUGUUGCAUUUUCAUGUCCUUGUUUACAAUAUAUCCUGUAUUGUUGCACAUGCUGGGGGUUCUUCCUUGCACGGCGUGGAAAUGGGUCAAUAUUGUUAAAAAAAUCCCGACCACUCUCAGGCCGCGUCUGGCGUUUUUCCUUUUCACCAUAUUUUUUCUGGACUUGCUUCCACAAAAUUCCAUCUCAUGUUCUCCUUAUUCGACUUCGUCCAACCUAUUUGAUUUCUUGGAUAACAAUACUAGUACUACUACUACUGCUUUUUUCUUGUUGGCGAAUACUGAUGUCUUGUAUGACAUUGUACUGUACUAGAUCUUGAUCUUGCAUGAUCGGAGUUAUUAUCUCUUUCUUUGGAUGUUUAGGUGGAGGCGGAAAGUGUACCUUAUCGUGCAAAGAAAAUCUCUUGGGGAAUGGGGGUGUAGGAGAUUUUGCAUUAUGGUAUGAGCCAUUAUUGGAUGGAUAUAAUGCUUAAAUUUUGAGGAGAUGUUGUAUUGUUGGUGGUGUGGAGGAUGGGGAGUCGAAAGUGGCAGAGUAGAGAUGAAUGUGAUGGUGGUUCACUAUACUUGCCGUGUAAGAUGUAGUGGUGUGUAGUCACGAAAGUACUUAGUAGUAGUUGUUGUUGUCGUGAGGCUGGCGAUGAAUGAGGACCUUGCAUAUUCAAGAGAUACUAUAUUUUUCAGUUUUGUAUGUGUGUGAAUGACUUGGUGUUUCUUCUUUAUGUGAGAUGACGGCCUGUAUUUUGUUUGGGCUGCUGAAUAUCUAUACUUCCAAAUUUCUGUACCGUCCUUCUUUCGUUCCGAAUUUUCUUGCUUUGGUGCUGAUUCAUUGAUACAUGGCGAUCUCGCUUUUCUACCCAUCAUUUUACUUUUAUUCAUUUUCUUUCCCUUUCUUUCUUCCUUUCUUUCUUCCUUUCUUUCUUAUAGCCAUGCGUCUCGAAGCCUAGAAAUCAUCGAUCAUGGGAAAACGCUCAAUACACAGAUAGAUUCGACA